UCUCCCGCAGCGGGGCCGCGGGCCACUCGGAUGGGGCCGGGCGGUGGGACCCCGGGAGCGCUGGGACCCUGCGGGCUGUGCGAGCCUCCGGGCGGUGGAGCCAGCCGAGCGCCCGGCGCUCCCCGACGGAGCCGGGGACGAUGCUGGCGGCCGCGGCCCUUUGCGCCGCCGCGCUGGGCUGGGCGGCGGGGACGCGGCUGCGGAGCGGACAGACAGUCUGCCGGGGUGGAACACAGCAACCCUGCUACAAAGUAGUUUAUUUUCACGAUGCCUCGCGCAGGAUCAGCUAUGAAGAAGCACACCUGGCCUGCAAAGCUGAUGGUGGACAUCUAGUCAGCAUUGGGACAGAAGCAGAGCAAAGGCUGAUUGAAAAAUUCAUUGAGAGUCUCUUAGCUUCUGAUGGAGAUUUUUGGAUUGGGCUUAGGAGGAAAAAGGAGGAGGUGGACAACAGCACAGAGUGUCAGAACCUCUACUCCUGGUCAGAUGGCAGCUCAUCCGAGUUCCGGAACUGGUAUGCAGAUGAGCCAUCCUGUGGGAGUGAGAUCUGUGUUGUGAUGUACCACCAGCCAUCUGCCCCACCAGGUGUCGGGGGUCCUUACAUGUUUCAGUGGAACGAUGACAGAUGCAACAUGAAAAAUAACUUCAUUUGCAAAUAUUCUCUGGAGAAGCCAACGAAAGCUCCAAUAGAGAAUUCUCAGAGAGAUGCUGUGACAGAGCCCUUGAUCCCAGUAUUCCCAGGAGAACGCCAGAAGAAAGAUGCCAACUUAACAGUUGUGGAAGCCAAAGAACCUGUUCAGAGUCUUGCCUACAUCCUCAUUCCCAGCAUUCCAGUGCUGCUCCUCCUGAUGGUCCUUGCAGCCAUCCUCUGUUUUUGGCUUUUUGUGAAGAGGAAACGGGAGCAAAUAGAUGCAAGCCCAAAGGAGGAGGAUGCUUGGCUGUCUCACCCCAGGAGGAACAGCCCAAACCUGGACAUUUACAAAGUGAUCAAGAAGCAAUCAGAAGCAGAUCUGGCUGGAACCAGGCCUGACACUAAGAACUCUUCCUUCCGUACACAGGAAGACAAGGUGCUGGGCAGCCCCUCCAGGGAUUAUGACGAGGUGGCCAUGAACACAUCAACCAGUGGCUUUGUCACACUGGCCAGUACUGAAAGUGGCUUUGUCACCAAUGAUAUCUAUGAGCUGUGUGGAGAUCAUGUGGGGAGGAGCAAGGAAUCAGCCUGGGUGGAGAAUGAGAUUUAUGGAUAUUAAGGAAAUGGACAGACAACAGAGCAGUGGCAGGCUGGCCUUGCCCUGGCUCAGGCUGGUCUUAACCACUGAGUGUCUCAGUCCUGUGUGAAAACCAGAAAUCACAGCAUUUCACAGGCAUCCAGGAAUCUGAAAAUGAGUGACUCUGAAGUGCUUUUGAAACUACAAUAAUGAGGCCUUGCAAUUGACAAAGUUUUAAUGUUAUCAUCCAGCAGAUCUGUGCAGCAAUCCUGAAGCAUGUCUGUACCAAGUCAUGGUGUAUAAAAAUUGUAUUUGAUUAAAGAUCUGGUUUGGUUGAGCAGUUCUAGUGCUGUGUAUAGGAAGUAAUCUUUUUUACUUUGUCAGAUCCUGUUUGACCUUUUCACAAGCCAAAUAAAACCAGUACAUGCCUGUUUA